AUGAGGUCCCACACUGACCCUGUGGUGUCCCUGGCCAUAGACUCAAUGAGAAAACACAUGGCUACAGUCUCCAAUGAUCACACUAUUAGGGUCUGGGAUUUGGACACACUGCAACAGUUAUAUGACUUCAGUGCCCCCCAGGAGUGUCCAUGUGCAGUCAGUUAUCACCCAUCACAACAGGUGUUUGCGUGUGGCUUUGAAAAUGGCUGUGUACGCGUCUUCAAUGUGGCCACAACUAGCAUGCUGGCAGAGCACAAGCAGCAUCGAGGGAAAAUCACAGGUCUUGCAUUUUCUCCAAGUGGAGAAUAUCUCUACAGCUCCUGCUCUCUGGGCUCUGUUGCAUUAUAUGAUGCCUCAGAGAAUGUCUAUGGUCUACUCCGGUUGCUAGGUAACACCAUCGCAAGGGGGGAGAAGUUUGGUCCAGAUGCCAUCGCGGUGGCACCAGAAGGAAGACGAAUUGCAUUCAUUGGGCCAACUGAGUUCACAAUCAGUGUGCUCGAUGCACGAACACUUGAUGAAGUCCUCAGAAUAGACAUCACCUCUUUGAACCCCGCAGACAACACCCGUACUAUAAUAGACACAGCAGUGAGGGUGCACUACGCUCCAACACACACCAGACACCUCCUGGUGGCCACAUCCUCAAAUAGUCUGCUCAAGUUUGAUGCUAGGACAGGUCGUCUGCUUUCAGAGAUGAAUAACAUUCAUCGUAGUGGUUGCACCUCCCUUGACGUCAUUCGUGAUGGUCGCCAUCUUGUCACAGCAGGGGAUCGGGUUAUCAAAGUCUGGGACUACCACAUGAGAUUGGACCUUAACUUUCAGGUGUUCAUAGGUCACACAGAGAAGAUCAGCAAGGUGGUGUUCACACCUGACAGUCUGGGUGUAGUCAGCAUUGGGGAGGCCAUCUUCCUCUGGGAUUUCAUGGCCAACAAGAGAGAGGUGGAGACACUGGAAGGCAGAACUCCUGUGAAAAGCUACAUUCGAAGGGAAGAUGCUGAGCGAGAGGAGGUCCAGUUCAAGAGCCCAGUCCGUAGAAGUCUCAACAUGUCCCUGACAGACAUGCCCAGGAGGAGUCCCCCCAAACCUGCCAGAUAUGACCCCAAGAUCUCUGAAGUCAGUGCUCUGCACAAGACCACUAAUGGAGAUGUGGGGUUUGACGAGCCUGAUGAAGACCAGGAAGAGGUGUUGUUUGGACCACAGCUCCAGGAGAAGGCUGGGGACACAGAGACCACAGAUACUGAAUCAGUAGCAGAGAUAGUAGGUCAUGAAACAUUGGGACACAGCCCCCAAGUACAGCCCCACCAAAGAUACAAGUCUCCAGCCAAGCACCGUGCCACAGUCAGCAGCAGAAGUCUCAGGAAGUCUGCCGGAGUCACGGCUCAUCCACCACCUGCUGUACAUAAACAUUUCAAACCAAGGCCUAAGACUUGUCAGCUGGCACAGCGUCGUUAUGUUGCUCCCCCUAACCAGGCUGGGUUACAGCUGAUGUCUGUACUGGGAUAUAAUGGCAAUGGAAGAGACAACAUGAUCUGGCAGCCAGACACGGGUUUCUUUGCUUACACUUGUGGCUGUAUAAUAGUAGUAGAAGACCUAAGUCAGAGUACACAGAGGCACCUCAUAGGUCACACAGAGGAGAUCUCAACAUUAGCUUUACAGAAUGAUUGUCAGGUGUUGGCCUCGGCCAGUGGCGGAGCAGGACUGACCCAGAGUCAGAUAUGCCUGUGGGAUCUUCAGCAGAUGGUUUGUCAUAAAGUGCUGAGUCAUCAUGAACAGGAAGUGGUGUGUAUGGCCUACUCUAGGGAUGACAGGUUCCUCAUCUCUGUAGGUGACUACAGAGAAUGCUCAGUUGUGGUAUGGGAUACUAAGACCUAUGCUGUUCUCACCACCUCCCACACCUCCCUCCCCAUACACCAGCUGACCUUUGACCCUUACACCAUGAAUGAGUUUGUCACAGUGGGGCAGAACGGGAGUGUGCUGUUCUGGUUGCUAGACGAGACGGGAGCUGACGUGGUGCUGAAUGUCCAUGAGGCAGAGGUACCAGAGGAGGUGCUACAGACACAUCACAUGGGGAGUGGUCAGGUGGACUUCACAGCAGCAUGCUAUGGAGGAGACAGCACCCUGUACAUCACCACUAACAAUGGCAAAGUCACAGCCUGGGACACAAGGCACAAUUCCUGCUUCAUGCAUUUUGAGACAGAUGGCACAGAAAUAGGUGCAGUAGUUUGCCGCAGUGGUCGCCUAGUGACCGGUAGUGUUGGCCACAACCUCCGUCUGUGGUCAGUGGUUGGUAUUGGAGAGUUAAAGUUACCAGGAAGUCACUACACCAUGAGACAAGAGGGGCUGACCAUGGAGGAUGAGAUGAAUCUGGACGGCCCCAUCUCGUGUGCUGCCUUUGACGACACUUUAGACAUGGGUAUAGUUGGCACAGAGACAGGAACACUGUGGUACAUCAACUGGACAGAGAGGACAUCCAUAAGACUGGUCACAGGACAUAUGACCAAAGUCAAUGGCUUAGCCUUUGCCAAUGAUGACCUGUUUGCCACAUGUGGGGAUGACGGUAGUCUCAGAAUGUGGUCUGUACACGACAGGGAGCAGACACUACAGUUUCAAGUCAUGGAGCAGGCCUGUACUUGUCUGUGUUUUGCACCACCAAGAUCCGACCAAAGCACCAGAACCACUGUCAGUAACCUCGGCACCAGUGCGCCAGUGGUGUCCCACUCUAGAGAGCCUAGUAAACUACUACUUCCACAUGUGGCUGCGGGAUACAGCGAUGGCACAGUGAGGAUGUUUGACCUGAAUAAAGUGGAGCUGAUCCUCAAGAUGCAUCCUCACGCUGUCACCGUCACCGCCAUCAACUUUUCCUCAGAUGGUCGUAUGUUGCUGUCAGGUGGCAGUGACGGCCUCAUAGCGGUCAGUAGUCCCACCACGGGGAUGACUGUCAGGGUGAUCAGUGACCACAAGGGAGCUCCCAUCACCAACAUUGAUGUCACAUUAAAGGAGGACAGUAACUUUGGUAUCAGUGCCCCCUCUCUGUGGCUGGCCACCAGUGCUGACCGCCGGGUUAGUGUGUGGUCAGCAGACUGGACCAAGGACUUCUGUGAGUUAGUGGACUGGUUGACCUUUCCUGCUCCUGGAUUCACACCAGAUGGCACUGUUCUCAAGAAAGGAGAUGAGAAUUCCUACUCCCUGUUGCCUCCCAGUCUGGCCAGGUUCUCUUUGGAUGAACCAGACAUCAUAGUGUACACUGGGUAUGGCAUGCAGAAGCUGGUCCAUUUCUAUAGUAUGGCACAGAGGAAGGUGGUGAGAACUGCCGCCCUAACACACUGGGCCAGUAGCAUGGAUCUCUCCCCCACUGGCAGUCUGGUUGGACUGGCUGUGAACGAGCGCCUGGUGAAACUGAUGGAUUACUUUGAAGGCAGUUUUCAAGACUUUGUAGGCCACAGCGACGCGGUCCACUUGGUGAGAUUUUCACCCAAUGGGAGCCUUCUGUUCUCCAUAGCAUAUGGGGAGUUGAUUGUAUGGAGGGUUACGCUAUAAAAUGUGAGGACUAUGACAGAAAAGAGAACUCAAUUAUGAUUAUAAAUAUUAAAUUUAUUUGUAUCGAGAACUGAAAGGGAAAGGCAGCUAGAAUUCAUUAUUGUAAUUUUAUGGAAAUUAAAUCUUACUGAUUUUUACUUGAGUGUAUGAAAAUAUUUGUACAGAUUUUGCUUAUGAAUUCUACAUUUUUUUUUUUUUUUUUUUUUUGCAUUAUGUUGCUUUAUGUUGUAUAUAGUUUCUUCUAUAUGUCAAUGUUUUUAAAAAUAAAUAUAUGGUGAAUGUGAUUUAUUCUAGUUUUUUACUUGAUACAACUGAGUGUAGCAAUGUAAUUAUUCAUCCAUGUUUUAUUGAGGAUUUUUAAAUA